AUGAACAUUAGGAACGCGCGGCCAGAGGACCUUAUGAACAUGCAGCACUGCAAUCUGCUGUGUCUUCCUGAAAACUAUCAGAUGAAAUAUUAUUUCUACCACGGACUUUCUUGGCCUCAGCUGUCCUACAUCGCAGAAGACGAGAAUGGAAAAAUAGUUGGAUAUGUACUAGCUAAGAUGGAAGAAGAUCCUGAUGAUGUACCCCAUGGUCACAUCACAUCUCUGGCAGUAAAGCGCUCUCACAGAAGACUGGGCUUGGCUCAGAAACUGAUGGACCAGGCAAGCCGCGCCAUGAUUGAAAAUUUCAAUGCAAAAUAUGUCUCACUUCAUGUCCGUAAAAGUAAUCGGGCAGCCUUACAUCUAUAUUCAAACACACUCAAAUUCCAAAUUAGUGAAGUGGAGCCCAAGUAUUAUGCUGAUGGAGAGGAUGCUUAUGCCAUGAAGAGAGACCUGGCACACAUGUCUGAUGAGGUACCAAACCAAAUUCUUAGAAAAUGUGGUGUUAAAGUGUCGGGGCAUGAGGUGCCGUCCGGCCAAUUUCCCUCUGGAUCUGGAGAUCAAGAGCGAGAAGGAGAAAGAGACAGUGGAGGAGAAAGCAAAGAGCUGAGUGAAGUCAGCGAGGCAACAGAAAGCACAGACGUCAAGGAUUCUUCAUCUGAUUCACAAUGA